AUGAAUGGUCAAGACUCCUUGGAGAUCACCGUCUCCUUUGAUCAAUGUGUCUCAUCGAGCCCGGAAGAGUCUGCAGGCCUCUCCGUGCGAUGGACGCGCUUUGGCCCCUUGAUUCAAGCUGUCUUCGGAAGCACAUCAGCUGAACUGUCGAUAGCCGAAGUGGCAACCGGCUUGAGUAUGGCCUGUCAAGAAGCUGCACCGGACAGGGACGCCAACACCAUCUAUCCUCCAGACCUUCCACGAUGGAUCGUGACGUUGAGUCCGAUGCCUACGCAUUUGGACUGGGAACUUGGAGAGUUGCUGAAGACCUUAGGGAUCCAUGAGAUGGAUCGGGUCUCUGCUGACGAGAUCCAUUUGCCAAUUUGGUCAGAUAAGAUCGCACUUGGCCUUUUUGCUCUCAAUGGCUUACCCUUGAACAACUUGGGAGGUAGCAAGCUCCAAGUGACCCUCCACGAGACCCAGCUCAUGGCCUUUCAAAAAGAUCUUGAAGAAUGGCGCCACAAUACGGAAUUCAUGCUGAACCUGCCUGAAACGGAAGGCAUCGCGAAGCUCUAUGAGGUGCUCGAAGACAAAAAGGGUUACUACGUGAUCAUGGAGAAAGUGGCUGGUCAGGAUCUCUUUGAGACCAUGACUGGGAAAGGUCUGCUGCCUGUGGCAGAAGUGAAGGAGGUGAUCAAGCAGCUUCUACAGGCACUGGCCGAGCUUCAUGCACGGAAUUGUAUCCACAAGGACUUGAAGCUGGAGAACGUGAUGUUCGACAGGACUCCGCCCAUCAAUGCGAAAGUCGACUGGUCAAACACUGGGGACCAAUCUCCGGUCAAGGUGAAGUUGAUCGACUUUGACACCGUGGAGACGGUCCAGCCACAGACGCCAAAGAAGGCGAAGGAUGUCCUCGGGACAGAUCAGUACAUCGCUCAGGAGGCGUAUGAUGGAAACUACUCUGCGGCUUCGGACAUUUUUGCAGUUGGUGUCAUCGGAUAUCGGCUCCUCACUGCCAAGUUUCCUUUCCGUGCAGACAUCUUUGAUGACGAGGCCGGCGACAAUUGGGUCGGCUCCCCGAAGAUGAAGGAGAUCCGGCAGAAGCUGCAGAAUUACAAGAUCGAUUGGAAUCAUCGGGUUUUCAGCUUGGAGCCGCAGGCCUGCAACCUCAUCAAGGCCAUGCUCGCCAGCAACGAGAGGGAGCGUCCCACUGCCAAGGAAGCACUGGCAAAUGGCUGGUUUAACGAAACCGGGCGACGGCGAUCCAUGCCAGAUUUGGAUCGGGCCGGCCGGGUGACUGAGUGUCGAACUGUUUCGGUUUGUUCGAUUUAA